AUGGUGCAGAAAUCUCGGCUCAUGCGAGCUGUCACCAGCGGUCUUAGUACUGGUGGCAGCUUAGCUCUCGCUUUUAAGCUGCUCAAUUGGGCAGAGAAGGCGGAUUACCUUUCGCCGAUCGUUCACCCUCUUGGCCAUUGGAGGUUUGACUGCCCCUCCUUUGUCUUGGGGCUCCUGUGCGGGAUCGCACUUUUCCUCUUCAUCGAGGCCUGGGUGACGCUCCGGUGGGCUGUGGUUUCCUGGCUUGAGCGGCCAGUGGAUCGACUGGUCGCGGACUUGCGAGAAGAGAUUGGCGAUUUGCGAGCCGAGCUGGCUCAACUGAGGCGUGAGGUACGUGAACUCCGCCGCGAAUACCGAGCGGACUCCAGAGCAUCUGCUGACUCGAGACUUGAGUCGCACGCUGGUAGCCGCACGGGCUACGGAUCUCCUACUCCCUCUUCCACAACUCGUGGUGGGCAGCAGUCUCCUGACCCUGAAAGGGACUACUCCGUGGUGGAUUCGGCACCUGCGGCUUCAGGCUCAGCUCCUGCCACGCCACUCACCUGGAUUGAGCGGGAGAAUAUCUGUGACAGGAUUGGCGAGUUCAUUUCCAAUUCGCUUCAGGGUCUUCAUCGAGGGACCAGCCAUCGAGAUCAGAUCCCUCUUCCCAGUCGUCUUUGGCUGAUCGUCAGGGACUACCAGGGUCAGAUCUAUACCCCGGUGAAGGUCGUCAAGAGUUGGACGAGCUGCAAGGCAUUGGUGAAACGUCCUGGAGGGGGCGAGUGUGGGGAUAGCAUCUUCGUGGGAUUGCCUUCAGAACGCGAGGCGCGGCGUGAUCGAGCAAUGAGUGUCUUCCGACAGCCUCCUUGGCUCUCAGAUAGACCGCCUCUGGUAUUUGCUGGGGGCUCAGUUUUGAGCGAUUACCCCGUAUGCCUCUGGGUUCUCGAUCCAGAGGAGGGUGGCACUACGAGUUUGCAGGUAAUUCAGAUUUGCUAUUUGGAAGGAAAAGUUUUGGUGGCUGUUCCGUUUGCGGUUUGGCACAAAGCUGUCAACAGGCGCAUCCUACCACCUUCAUCAUUGACGAGACCUACGUUGAUCGAGGUUCAAGCAGCGUCGGCAGACGACCGAAGUGUCGCUGAGGGCGAUUUUUAUUUGAAACUAUGGGUUGGCUUUCUUCGGGACAGCUAUGCGGAUCAGCUGGAGAUUUUCGAGGAGUGCGAUUGUGAGUUCUUUUUUGAUGAGGAGCUCCAGACGCGGCUUCCCCUUGCUCACGCCCUGGUGGAGAUCUCUCAGGAGCACUUCGCCUUCUUCUCAGCAGAUGGCACGGAUGGGGCCCCUUUGACGGCUUCUGAGCAGAUGGCAGCCGGCUUAGAGGAUGAAGAAGAACUGGCAGAUGCUGGUUCCCCUACUGCAAAGCGGCUUCAGCGGUUGGAAGAGACCAUGGUCGACAUCUCCUCUCAGCUAAAGCAGAUGGUGAAGCCCAAAGCUUCAGCCGCUGGACCAAAGCGCAAAGCCAAAGGGAAAGCUUCUGCUCCUUUGAAGGCGAAGGAAAAAGCUGCUGGUGGGACUACAAGCCCGGGAGACCUUCGUGGUCAGUUCCCUCUUUUGGAUGGGGGCGUGGCGCAAGCCGCACUACAAGCAGGCAUUCCGAGGUCGAGCUUGGAGCAGAUGCAGCACUUGAUGAUGCGAGGAAAACCUGGGGCCCAGAUGAAGGACCUCAACUCCAAGGUCCAGCCGGAUCCUUUGUCUGAAGACGAGCCAACUGCCGGGGAGGAUAUGCCGGACCCUGACGCUGCUGGAUUUGCAGAGCCUCGGGACCCAGUGUCAUCGACCCUCGACAAGCUGGCGGCGAUUGUGGAGAUCCUGACAGAGGACAGGAAGAAGAAACAGGCGGCUUCGAGGCUGGAUGCCGCCUUGGAUGGCACCUAUGCCACAUCCAGCGAUGCUCCCCUCACCGGGGCGGGCAAGAAAGCGGCCGCGGCUAGAAGAGCCUUGAUGGCCGCCUACGACGAUCAGCCUCACGAGAUCUCCAACUUGAUCGAGCGCCAGAUGUUCGAAGAUCUGAACUGCCUGACCUUGGGGCCGGGCAUGGCAGCAAAGGGGCUGAAUGCGAGGGCUUGGGUGGAGUUCCGCUCAAAGGUGAGCAACUAUAGGACCAGUGUUUACUCAUCGUGGAGUGUUGCAGGAAUAUUGGACAGCUUGAUUUCUGGCAAUGUGGCGAAGGCGAGGGCGAGGGCAUGUGUUUUGCUGCUCAUGCUGGAUCAGGCCAGCAUUGACAAAGGGAGCUGGACACUAGCAGGCGAGCUGGCAUUAGAACCGCCCCCACCGUUCUCUUCCUUUUCCCAGCAUCAAGCUCCUGCUAUUCACGAUGGCGAAAGCCCCUUUUCAAAGUUGCUCGAUCCACGCUGGGCAGAGCUUGCCAUGACUCACCUCAAAGACACCGAGGAUUACCUCAGCAAGAGACGAGCACUGGGUCGCCCCGGCACCGUGAAGCCGAAGGACGGCAUGGGAGAAGAGGGCGCCGAAGGCGAAACCCGGAGAAGAGCCAAACCAAAGCCAAAGCCGAAGGCACCUGCCCUCGGCAGCGGCGAGAGCUGA